AUGGUUCUCAGAGCCACAUUGUUUAUAGUGAUUUGGGCAAAAUUAAAAACACCAAGUGAACAACCGAAAUGUUCGGCAAGUAACAAUGCACACAAAGUAUUCUUAUCAUAUUUCAGACAAGCAAAAUAUGUGGAGAUUUUCAAGUUUCACGUUAUGAAUAAAACAGCUUACGAAGAAAAUAACAUCAUUGACAAUAUUUUUGAGAAUGCGAAUAAACAAUCAAAAAUUCAAACUAUAAACGUAUACAAAACAAAUAAUGAAGAUACAAUAGACAUGUAUCUAAAAACUUAUUCAGUCAUUAAAGUGACAGAAACUAUUAACCAGCCUAGAGAAAUACGCAUAAAACAAAAAUUUUACAAUUCAAUAUCAUUUGAGCCACAUCUUGUACAAUUAAUAAUAGUUGAUAAUCCAAUAACCCUUUAUAACUAUCUAAAAUCAAAUCCAAUAAAACUAAAACAUCUUAGAGGUCUAAAUAUCAUAAUAUUUGCUUCAAAUAAAGUCAAAAUCAAAGAUGUUCAAGAUUUUUUAAUAUUCUACUGGGAAAAAUAUGGAGAGUUGAACGUUAUAGUUCGAGCACCUGCAAGUUGUAAACUAAUGAAAUAUUUUGUACUUUACAAACCAUUCGAACCAACCGAAUUUGGUUAUGGACAAAUUCAAAUUCACCAUUUGGAUAACUUAUUGAAAAAUAAUAUUUAUUUACUAGUGAAUCAUGCUGCACGUUUACAUGGAUACCCUUUGAAAAUUUCCUUGUUUGAAAGAUAUCCUUUAGCUUUUAAAAAUUUACCAAAAUUAUUAAAAGAUUCUGAAAUUUACAAGCCUUUUAUAAAUCGGCCUGGAUUAUAUGGUACCGAUGCUAUCACUAUGGGGUAUCUAUCCAUAAUAAUGAAUUUUAGUAUAAAUUUAUGUACUCACAUUGAGUGUCAAUACUUCGGAACGGUUCUAGAUAAUAAAACGGUCAUUGGAAGCUUAAGUAAAGUUGACGAUAGAACCAUUGAUAUUCAAGGAAAUUCAAGAUUUAUUUUGGAUUAUGAAGUUACAGACAAUGUUGAAUUCACUUAUCCUUAUGAUUUUGCUGAGUUUUGCAUUGUACUGCCUAAAGCUCCUUUAGUGCCUGUUUGGUUGAAAAUGCUGGGUUUAUUUAAAAAAGAAGCAGGAAUUAGCUUACUUAUUGUAAUAUUGUUGAUUUUUAUUUGCAAUAAAUAUUUAAAUGGAAUUACAUUUUGGGAUUCAGCUAUGGAUAUUUAUUCUAUAUUUAUUUGGCAACCGGCAAUAAUAUUUAUGAAACGAACAAACCAUUCGAUAAGAAUUUUUAUUGGAAGUUCUUUAUUGUUUUCAUUACUUAUAACAACAGUUUUAACUGCAUCAUUAUAUUCGGCACUACAAACCAAAAUCCAUUUUCCAGAUGCCCAAACUCUACAAGAAGUAGAUGAAAGUAAUAUAAAAAUAAUAAGUACUUUUGAUCCUUUUGCAGGAAAUCCAUCAAAAAUUUACAAACAAUUGUCGAAGAAAAUUACUGUUAAUCCAAAACUUACCACAAUUUUUGAUUUUGUUCUUCAAGGUCUUGGAGCUGGACUGGAAAGGUACAAAGACGGGCAGUUCAGAAUUAAUACAGAAUAUUCGUUACCAGAUGGUUCUCCUUUGAUGCACAUAGUGCCAGAAUGUCCGAAAAAAGUAUUCCUCGGCUAUUUAGUAUCAAUCCGUUCGCCUUAUUUACAAGCUAUCAACUACUAUUUGAAAAUAAUGACCGAAGCUGGCCUUUCGGAUAAAUGGCAUCAGGAUUUUAUGCAUGCCAUAAAAUUGGAAAGGCACACUCAUUUGCAGAAAACCAAGGAUAAGAGGAGAGUUUUGGAUUUGCGCGAUUUGCAAAUUGCUUUUUAUAUUUUGGGGUAUGGAUUGGGCGCUGGGUUUUUGGUAUUUUUGGUAGAGGUCUUCAAAUACAGAUAUGGAAUCCACUUAAGAAUUAUUAAUAGUUAG